AUGGCGAUGGCCGCCGGAGCCAAGAGGGAGAAGAGGGGAAGGCUUGACGAGGAUGGAGAGGAAGAGCUCGUCGACCGCAUCAGCCGCCUCCCGGACGGCGUCCUCGGCGACAUCGUCUCCUUCCUUCCCACCAAGGACGGCGCCCGCACGCAGGUACUCUCCUCCCGCUGGCGCCCCAUCUGGCGCUCGGCUCCUCUCAACCUCGACAUCCGCACCGACGACGUCUCGCGCAUCCUCUCCGCGCAUCAGGGCCCCGGCCGCCGCUUCUGCACUGAGUUCCGCUACUUCAACGACGACCCCGGCGACCCCUCCGCGACCCUGGACCGGUGGCUCCGGUCCCCCGCCCUCAACAACCUCCAGGAGAUCAAGUUCCACCUCGGCAUUACCAUGGAGAGUCACGCGCUGCCGGCAUCAGUACACCGCUUCUCGUCCACCCUUCGCGCCGCCAGCUUCGGCGGCUGCGCUUUCCCGGAAGGAAACCGCGCCAGCCCGCUUCACUUGCCACUUCUCAAGCAGCUAAGCCUUGGGGAUAGAUCAUGCAUUCCUAGCUCGACGACGGUGGUUCACAGCAUGAAGGUCUUAGCUUUAAUCCAGCCGGAUCUUUGUUUGGAUAUGGUUAUUAACUUGUUGAAAUGCUUCCCCUGCUUAGAGAAGCUGUACAUCGAGGCACUCGGCAAAAGUUCUGUCUCCCGUAGUGUCUCCUUCCUCCCCACCAAGGACGGCGCCCGCACGCAGGUACUCUCCUCCCGCUGGCGCCCCAUCUGGCGCUUCGCUCCCCUCAACCUCGACAUCAGCACCGCCUACGUCUCGCGCAUCCUCUCCGCGCAUCAGGGCCCCGGCCGCCGCUUCUGCCUCCACCUUGAUUUCCUCUACCUCGACGUCGACGACCACUCCGCGACCCUGGACCCCCGCCCUCAGCAACCUCCAGGAGCUCAAGUUCCACCUCGGCUUUGCAUUGGCUUUGCAUAA